AUGGGCACCACUCACUCCCAGCACUCUUCAUCCGUUCGGGUUUCGCCUGUUUGUGGCUAUUCAAAGCACCUCGUGAACACGAGGAUUAAUCCUACCAUCCAUAGUGAAGGGCCCAGCACGGAGAUUGUCCACGUUACCACGGGUUCAGAGCCCCAUCUUGCCGGCCUUUCUGUACGUUCGACCCACAGACAAGCAGAAAGCAAUUUGAAUAGCCGACAGAACAGCCGCCGAAAGGACUUUGGCUUGAAGUCUGAAGCAGGUCGAUUAAGCGCUAAUGGCGUUCUCUUCGACCCAGGGCUUAUGGAAAAUGGGACGUGGACAAGAAGUACAUCAAAGAAAAAAUUACGCCCUAGGGCGCUAAAGCAAACCUCACACAACUCGACCAACUCCUCCUAUAUUGCAGACUGCAGCCCAGACAGGAAUAGUGCUUGGCAGGAUGACUUCAGUUCUUCAGGUCAUACUGCUUAUAUUGCUGUUAAUGAACAUCGGUUAAGGUUAGGCCUGAGUCGUCUUUCCUCCAUCGAUGCAACCCGCAGUGCCAACGGGCACGUGAAUGCACCCCAGUCACCCUCCCAAUGGGACCUUCAUCGUUAUGGGGACAAGAGGUCAGAUCUAUCAGGACUUGAUCAUGUUCCUUCCCGUCUCGCUCACCGUCGCCAUCUCUCAGAGCUUUGUCUUCACCUGGACGAACUCAACAACACUAAUUCGAAUGGGAACCACAUUCGAAUCAGACCCCGUUCCCCACAUAAAUCCCACCCUCCCUCAGCCCACAAUUACGCUCCAGCAUUCGACUUCGGAGCACAGACAGCUCACGUCGAACCGCUCUUUCGAAUGGCAACCACAACCACCUCGAUAUAUACUUCAAAAUCAAUGAUCGAAUCACCCUCGUGUCAGGCCACACCUGCUCAGUCCGUCCAUUGCGCCAAUCAAUUGAUCGCAUCUAACUUUCUUCGUUCUCCUCUUGGCAGUGAAGUCGACUUGAUCAGUCGAGGAAAUGACAAUUGUGAUGAUACCCUCGAUAAUUACCAUGAUUACGCCAAUCUUCCUCAAUCACGAACAAGGUCGUUCAAACUGCAGAGGCAACAACCGGCAAUGGCAACAAAGCUGAAGACAGAAGGAGCGUAUGAGGAUAAUGGAAGGAUCCCGCUUCCUAGUCGACGCCUCUCGAAAUCACGAUGGCGGUUCAUGUCUCGGGGAAAGAAUCUAACUAAGUCAAUAUCUUGUUAUGCUCUUAAAUUUUUCGGACAGCAGAAUAGGACCUAUGAUGUUCCCGAUCCACAAAUGGUUAGUGGAAAUCAAUGUGCUCCACCAGCUACUGGUCUUCCUCCCCCACAACGUCAACCCACCUUAGCCGUGGUAAAAAGGAGAAAGGGCGACGCGUUAGUAAUGCAGAGGGACACCUCCAACCAGGUCAGUGAGGAGCUUGGACAGAAUCUUCAGCGAGUUUUGCGCUUGGAGUUGUCGGAGAACACAGACAAUGCCCCUAGACUGUCGCAUAUUGUCUCUCUUCAGGCAAAAAUGAACCGUAGUCUGAGUGCCUUUGGCAAUCAGGAUACAACCAGCGAGUUGAGCCACGCAACCAGACGAGCGACCUACCAUCAACCAAGAGACGGCUUCAGGAGAAGUAAGCUUCAACUUCUGCAAACGACUAGUACCAAGGAAUUGCUCCAUUGUCUUUCCAUUUUUAUUCUCCAGCACUGUGAUAAUUUGUGUGGUCUUCAUACAGUUGAUUCGCCACUUUAUCCUGAGGAAAUAGCCUCGUGGAUUCGGGAUAUUGACAGAGCGUUAAUUCAACAAGGCUGGACUGAUGUACCUUUCUUGAGUCCAGCAAACGUGGUCUUUCUUUUCAUUAUGAUUAAAGGGUUUGUUGACUCGAGCAUAACUUGCAGUCGGGAACUGCAUUCGAUUGUUAUGGUCUGCCUUUAUCUAUCAUAUGGAUAUAUGGGAAACGAGAUUAGUUACCCUCUAAAACCCUUUCUCAACUCAGAGAUUCUCUACAGCAUGCUGCACGAAAACGAUCCCCAAAAGUUUCGGAUCAUCAAUGCUGCCGAUCCUUUGUCCUCCAAGAAUCCAAAAGUGAUUAACCGAUAUCGGGACGCCUUUUGGGAGACCUGUGUUCGCGUUUUAAAGUGCAAAAGUAAAGAUAUGCUUCAGCUCAACUCAGACGCCAUUUUCUUUACCCAGAGUGUCGCAGAAUUGCGCUCAUACGCCUCCUCGUCCGAGCUGAAACCGCCCUCAGCGACAUAA